UCUCUCUAUUCGUCAAGAUAAAUCCUAGAACCAUAGAUCAGUCGCAGGUGGAAUCCUGUGUCUCACUCAACCCUUGGCUCAUUUUCACAAGCUCCUGCUCUGCAGCCUUUAAAGGUUAAGCCUCGUUGCCUGAGUAUAAGUAUCUGCUAUUCCUCCUCACUUUCUGGGAAUUCGUCCAUCUGUAGACAUCAACACAAUCAUUCUAAAAAAACAUCAAUACAAAUCAAACAACAAGACCAACACCACAAACCUCACAAAAACCCAUACCAACAGUCAUCAUGUCUCCCUGCUCUUGCUGCACUCAUGCUGCAUCUGAAUGCACAACUUGCACCUGCUGCAAGGACAAGGUAAGCCCAUCUUUUCCGCCACCGAGGAAGAAUAAAUAUUAACAGCUACUCCACAGCACUAAGACUCUCACCUAUUCCCUCUCCUCACGCCAAUCCAUAUGUAUCCAAACUUCCUGUGACCCCGUCGUACCACCAGCCAUCUCUACCAAGACAGCGAUACGAUAACGCGAAGACCAUGAAGAGGUCAAUAGUACAUCUUUGAUGGGUUGGAAUGGUGAUCAAUUUUUUUUAUUAGAGGUGGUGUCGAAUGUAUAUUUCUUUGGGGUGAGAUAGUGGGUGUAUGACCAUCUUUUUGACUGCUUGUGCUGUUUUCAAGGGACGGGGAUCUGAAGGGGAAUACACUUGACUUGAAAUUUUUGUUGGUGGUUU